ACAAUAACACGUCCAUAUCAGUAUUCCAUUGCCGCGGAAAGACUUGAUACAUUUUUGUUACAUACUUACUUAUUUCAUUCCCUAUAUUACUGAGUAGGUACGUCAGUUUAUUGAAACGAAAACUAAAAAGUAUAUCGUUCUAAAUCCUUUCGUGGGUGAACCAAAGAAAAGCGAUUUUAAGAUUGUUGAAGAAGAUCUACCUGCUUUGAAAGACAAUGAGUUCUUAGCCGAAGCCGCCUAUCUAAGUGUGGAUCCGUAUCAAAGAUGGCAACGUGAAGAAUCUUAUCCAUACGAUAUGAUUGGAGGACAAGUCGCUAAAAUAAUAGAAAGCAGAAACGAAAAUUACCCCGUUGGGUCAUGGGUUAUGGGCCAUUUCGGCUGGCGGACUUACACCGUUGCGAAACCAGAGGAUGAGCAAUUUUCGGCCAAAAUACCAUUUUUGUAUCGUUUGCCAGAUUUUGGUAACUUGCCCAUUUCGCUAGGCCUUGGCGUUUGUGGCAGAGUCGGUAAUACUGCCUAUUUCGGGUUCACGGAAUUUUGUAAGCCCCAACCUGGAGAAACCGUCGUAGUUUCAGGAGCAGCUGGGGCCGUGGGCUCCCAUGUGGGCCAGAUUGCAAAAAUAUAUGGAUGUAAAGUAAUUGGAAUAGCUGGAUCAAAUGAAAAAUGUGAAUGGUUGACCAAAGAGCUGGGAUUCGACCACGCUGCAAACUACAAAGCUGUGGACUUGGCAGCUUUUCUGGAAGAAAGCGCGCCUGCAGGCGUUGACUGCUACUUUGAUAAUGUCGGCGGGGAAAUCAGCAGUAUAGUACUGUCAAAAAUGAAUCAGUUUGGAAGAGUAGCGGUUUGCGGUUCCAUAUCAAAUUACAACGAAACAAAUCCUGACAAAAUGAAAGCUACAGUGCUUCAGCCGUUCAUUGUGGCAAAACAACUUACUAUUCAAGGAUUUCUAGUAAACAGGUUCGCUGCACGAACUGUGGAAGGAGUGCAACAAAAUUUAAAAUGGGUUCAAGAAGGCAAAAUAAAAUACCGCGAAAAUAUUGUUGAAGGCUUUGAGAAUGCAGUAGAUGCUUUUAUCGGAUUAUUCAGAGGAGCUAAUACAGGAAAAUCCCUUGUAAAAUUACACUAAGUUUUAAUAAAAAUUUAUUAUUUUAUUUAUUUAGAUUUUUAUCAACUAGGUCUUUUUCUUUUAACUGAAGUUUUGGAAUCUUUCAUAAAUUUGUUAAUGAACAGUUCUUCAUAAAUAAGAUUAUUUACAUCUGGACUUAAAUACUGUGAUAUUUCGUGAUAGAGGCGUUUCUUUGGACACUGACUUCCUGUAAAAG